GUGCGUUUGAAGUACUAAGAAAAAUACUGAAUAUCUGAGGCUUCAUAAAUAUUUUUGGACCUUUUGCUUCGAGAAUUGACUGGAAAUCGCUGAGUAUUUGUAAUAUCCAGAGUAGCGAUCUCAUUUCACAUCCAAGCUGGGUGAACGAAGGCCAUCGAUGGGGGACGACAGCGAGUGCCACUACCGGCUGGUCAGCCUAGGUGGCGCCGCAGUUGGCAAGAGCUCCAUUCUGAAGCGAUUUCUUUUCGGUACAUACUGCGACAGGCACAGGCCCACCGUAGAGGACCUCUAUAGCAGAGAGUUUGACAUUGCUGGGACGCAGUUGAAGGUAACAUUUCUCGACACUGCUGGUGACUUACAAUUUCCAGCCAUGCGUCGUCUAUCAAUAGCCAACGGACAAGCGUUCCUCUUGGUGUACAGCGUGGACAGUGAAGAAUCUUUCAACUUAGUAAAGCAGUGUUUCGAAGAAAUUAAAGAGCAAAAACCCGACUUUCAAGAGUUGCCAAUAAUGAUUGUUGGCAACAAGAAUGACGUUCCGGAGGAUCGUCGUCAAGUGAAGAAAGAAGAUGUCAAUGAAUGGGUUUUCUGUGAGCUUCCUAAAGUCAGAGCAAAGGUUAUCGAAUGUUCUGCCAAAGAUAAUGUAAAUAUAAGAGAUAUUUUCCACUCGUUUCUGCAACUGGCAAAGAUACCAAUGCCCAGUGAAAGCCAGGCUCUGAGGAGGAGGUUUAGCACACACGUUUCAAUUGGAAAAAACCUUAGGUUUAAUAGUAGUCUAAGUCCUCAACGUGAAGCUCAAAGCGAAAGUAGUCCAGAGCCUUCCCCUCAACAGUCCACUUCUCAAAAGUCUAGCAAGCCACGCAGCCGAAGCCUAAUCCGCCGAACCAGCAAGAAAACUAACAAGUUAAAAGAACAGCAAACUACACCAGGAUGCAGCGACGGGGAUUGCCAUGUGUCAUGA